GUAGGAAAGAAAAUGUGCUAAGAAGCAUCACUGCCUUAUUUGGUAAAGGAAGAUGGGAGGAGGUAUCAGUGGGAUCAUCAUCAUAAGAGCUGUGAACUGCUCAUCUCAGGAGACCUAUAAGAGCAGCAGUUUAGGACCAGACACUGAGAGAAGAGAGAGUCAGUAAAGAUGAAGAGAACUGCUGUUCUUACUCUACUGCUGCUGUUCACCAUCAGCAUGCAGGAUGCUGAAACUGCUGAAGCUUCAAAGUCAUCAGACCUCCCUACUGAACUGAAGCAGCCUGAACUGAGAGACAUCGUGUAUAAACAAGGAGCCAUGCUGGUGGAGCUGAAGACUCAGAUAAAACACAUGGAGAAGGACAAUGAAGCUCUGAAGACCAAAUUGAUGAAGCAAAUGAAACAAAGCAAACAAACUGUGACUAAAAUGGAGACCAUGAACAAACAUAUUUCAGCUCAGUCGGCCGAGCUGACAGUAAUAAGAACUGCGCUAGCAUCCAGUGAGGGUGAUGUGCAGAAACUGAAGAAAGAGAAUGCAGCUUUGACGAAGAGGCUAACUGUCAGUGAGGGCAUUGUGAAGAAACUAAAGAAAGAAGUCACAGAGAAACCAAAGGUGGCAUUCUCAGCAGGGCUGUCUGCACCUGUGGGGCCACUCAAUACUCUGACCAUCCUGAUUUAUACUAAAGUCUUCACAAACAUCGGAGAGGGUUACAACCCAAAUACAGGGGUCUUCACUGCUCCAACUACGGGUGUGUACUAUUUCAGAUUCACUGCCUGUGGAUCCUCCAACGGGCAUUACUCAGGUGUUAGCCUGUACAGAAACCAGGAGAGGCUGACGCACCUGUCUGAGUACAAUAGUGAUGGUUACGUCCGACAUUUCUCUGGCGGUCUCACGCUGCAGCUGGAGAAAGGAGAUGUUGUGGACAUGCGUAUUCCUAGCAACUACAAGCUUUAUGACGAUUCCUACAAACGGAAUAUCUUCAGUGGCUUCCUGCUCUUUCCAACAUCACUCUGAUCGCUGAAAUGGGAAGCAAAAUCCCCAUUAAAACUUUGGCACCUCUCACUCUGUAAAGAAAUCAAAUAAAUUCUCACCAAU